AUGUUUUCUUUCUCAAAAUAAUAAUUCUUUUAACUAUGGUAUUUUAUUUAAGAAUGUUUAGACUAUACAACAUUGGUUAAAAGUUAUCGCAAUUAAAAAUUACAAUUAAGCUUAAGAGGUCAUUCCAGUUUGAUAACUUCAAAGAAGUAAAUUUUUUUAUUACUAUUUUCGAAAGUAUAUGUAUUUGAGAAUAUAUUCCCAAAGUUUUAUGGAGGACUUUCGAUUAUUUUCCUACUUUACAGCACUUUCAAGCACGUAACCCUCAGAGCGACGCUCCCCUCUAAGAAUGCGACAGGUGCUACAACACCGAGUAUACUUGCUUCUAUUAUUGAAUGUAUUAGUGUUAGGGUCUCCUUCUUAGUACAUGUGCAUACCGACGCUAAAAGGUCAGUCUUGCCUGAAUUUCGGAGCGAGACGAGUGCACGCUGCUUUUCAUUUUCAAAGUUUUUGACGCGAAAAUGGAUAAAAAAUUUACAAAACAGCUUCAUUACGGUCCAAUAAAGCGAAAAUUUCACGGGAACCAACAUAUUGUUGAAAAAGGAACAGAUUUUGCGAGCAGUUCAGUAGCAAAGCUUCGAAAUGAUGGUGACGAUAGUUUUGACGCGCACUGUGAUCCAUCGAUAAGUUAUUGUAUAAUUCAGUUUACUUUGAUUUUUAAUACUUUACAAACAUUAUUAAAAUGUAAAACGUGCAACGGAGAUGUUUCUUUUUUAAAAUAUGGACAACGAUUCAAAUUGUGUAUAAAAUGUUUAUGUGAUGAAAAGUAUAUUGAUUCUUGUCCUAUGAUCGGCUAUGAAAUAAAUCGUCGUUUUGUGUUUGCUAUGAGAUUGAUUGGAGUUGGUAUACACGGUAUUAAUUUAUUUUGUGGAAUGAUGGAUUUAUGCAAAACGUACAACGAGCAGCGCAUACGCACAGCGAGUCCCGCAGCUCUACAGCUUCUAAAGAGGCCAGAACAGCCCAGCGGAAGAUCAGAGAUUCUGAGAACUUGUUUGAAGAAGCCGAAGGCCUUUUGUAUGGUGCAGGCAUUGCCGAUUAAAGCUGAAUCCAAAGUAGAAAUAUUUGUCCCGCCAUGAAGAAACUGUAAUUUUGAGGUGCUAUUUUCAAUUAUAUAUAAAUACAUAAAAAUAUAUGUUUUAUU